AUGAAUUUUACACCUGUCAACCCUCGACCGCUGCUGCAGUCACUGAUUAAUGAGGAAGUGAUUGUUCGACUCAAGUGGGGUCAGACCGAGUACAAGGGUGUCCUCGUCAGCGUCGAUUCAUACAUGAAUAUCCAACUCAACAACACAGAGGAGUACAUCGACCGCAAACAAACGGGCACGCUCGGACAGGUACUGAUACGCUGUAACAACGUCCUCUGGAUAUCCGCGGCGAAAGGCGUGGAAAUGAAUGGUGCUUCCGGCGAUGUUAAGAUGGAAGGCUGA